UAAGUGGGGAAGUGUGUGUAUAUGUAUGAAUAAACAAAUAUCCGUUAAAAAUACAAUUAAACAUCCUUUUAUGUAAAAGUGUUGUCUGUGUCGUUGUCAAUGUUUGUGUUUAAUAAAUUUUAUGCUUCUAUAAGCUCCUCGCUCCUCAAAAUGAUGUCCACAGUUGGAUUUUUACAACAACUUAAUUAAGUGUAAUUAAGUGAUUUAUAUUGAAUUGAAUAUUAAUAAAGUCAGAAAUGUGUUGUGUUGUGUCGAUGCCAAAGUAUCUUAAUUCUACAAAAUAAAAAACACUAAUUAAAUAUUAAAGGCAAAAAUUAAAUAAAUACUCGUUAUAAGUUUGGUCGUACUAAAUUUGUUCAUAUCAAGCGACAUAUUAAAAUCCAUUAAUCAAUUAUAAUAUUCAUAAAUAAUUACUCUACUAUAAUUACAAAAAAUAGUAAUAAAUAUAAAUUUUGCUGCAAUUAUUAAAAUUUUGAAAACAAAACCAGAAAACAGUGGAGAAAAAGAACAAUAAUAAUAACAUUAAGAAGGAUAACUUGAAAACUUGAAAUUAUUUAACAAACUAAAUUGUACAAAGCAUUAAUUCAGCUCUUACUAAAAAAUUAAAAGCAAGAAGAAGAAAACUACUAAUUUCUGCAUUAGUUAGUUGAAGACUAGAAAAUAAAUUCAAAUACUGGCAUUUCAUUCAGUGAGUGUAUCUUGUAGAUGUCAAAAGUUACGUGGUGCUAUGAAUGAAUGAACGAAUGUAUUUUGCUUUAGCAGUUUGUGAUUAACGAGUUUCAAACUCAAAAUAGUUCAUACGUAAUAGCCAAAAGGGGACAUAAAAACGACAAAAUACGCACAGACUGCAUCUUAUGUCAUCAUUUGUCGCUGCUGCACUAAAUUAAAUACUCCCAUCCAAAAGCUGUGAUACAAAAUGCAAAAUGCCACCUGCAGAUCAGAUGCUGUUAAUGAACUCAACCACAGCCACAAACUCAUCAGCAUAUUUUGUACGCACACUGACCAGGAACAACGCUACCAACACCGAUGCCACCUCUUCCAUUAUGCACUACGGCAUUGGAACAACAACAACAUCUUUAGCGAAUACAAGCGACAUUAUUGGCAUUGUCAGUGUUAGUAAUGUAACUCUUGAUCCAAUAUCCUUACUGGAUGGCGGUUGUAUUGUACCAAGCGAAGAAUGGCAUGAGAGUUAUUUUGGAGUUAAACUUGCUGUACCCGAAUGGGAAGCCAUUCUGACUGCUAUCAUAUUAUCUAUUAUAAUUGUUCUGACAAUUAUUGGCAACAUAUUGGUGAUAUUAAGUGUGUUUACCUACAAGCCACUACGCAUUGUUCAGAACUUCUUUAUUGUUUCUCUGGCAGUGGCAGAUUUGACAGUUGCUCUGCUUGUGCUGCCAUUCAAUGUAGCCUACUCGAUAUUAGGACGCUGGGAAUUUGGAAUUUACCUGUGCAAAAUGUGGCUAACAUGCGACGUUAUGUGUUGUACAUCUUCCAUUUUAAAUCUAUGCGCCAUUGCUUUGGAUCGCUAUUGGGCCAUAACGGAUCCAAUUAAUUAUGCUCAAAAACGUACUGUCGGUAGAGUGCUGUUGUUAAUUGCCGGCGUAUGGAUAUUAUCGUUGCUCAUUAGUUCUCCGCCCCUGGUGGGCUGGAACGAUUGGCCGGAAGAGUUCACCAGUGCAACACCGUGUGAACUCAACUCAGAUCCGGGUUAUGUGAUAUAUUCCUCACUGGGUUCAUUCUUCAUUCCCUUAAUUAUAAUGGCAACAGUGUAUAUUGAAAUAUUUAUUGCAACCAGACGUCGUCUACGCGAACGUGCCCAGGCGGCCAAAAUAAAUACUAUUGCGACACGUUCAGCUAGUGCAGACGUAGCCACUACCGCACUAAAUUCAGAUGGUGACGGUUCUAGAACUGGGGCCGUUUUUACACUAUGCUAUAGUGUUCUAUGCUGCUGCCGCAACUCCUCUCACUUUUCGUCCACGCCAAUGAUACAAAACGACCAGGAGUCGAUUAGUAGUGAAACUCACGUAAACAACGAAAAUUCACGCGCUCAAAUGUCCGAGCAUAGAGUUGUAGUCGUAACACAACGAAAAAAGACACGACGAGCUAAAAUCAAAGAUUCCAUCAAACAUGGAAAAUCCAAAGCACGAAAAAAUCAACUGAGUAAAAGCACUGAGCUGGAUCCCACUAAUGUAAAAGAUAUUUGCGGCAGUGGUGCUGAAAGCCGACUUUUAUCACCUCAAACAAAAAAUGUAGAUAUAGAAAAUCCUGAAAUUUCCACCGAGAGUGGCAGCGAUCCUAAAGGCUGCAUGCAAGUAUGCGGAAGUGGAGGAACUGCCAAUGAAAUAUCAGCUGGUGAUAACGAUGAAGAAAAUGUGUCACUAAAAAUCACUCCACCACAGUCAUCAAUUGGAGCUGCUUCAUCGCAAGCUGCGCCGCUGCAGAAAAAACCAGGUGGUGUUUAUCAAUUCAUAGAAGAAAAGCAAAAAAUUUCACUCUCCAAAGAGCGAAGAGCUGCCCGAACGUUAGGCAUCAUAAUGGGCGUAUUUGUCAUCUGUUGGCUACCGUUUUUUCUGAUGUACGUCAUACUACCAUUUUGCUCGACCUGUUGUCCAACAACUAAAUUUAAAAACUUCAUAACUUGGCUGGGCUACAUUAACUCUGUAUUAAAUCCAAUUAUCUAUACAAUAUUUAAUCUUGAUUAUAGACGAGCGUUCAAAAGACUUCUUGGUUUAAACUAAUAUUAGCACUAAUCUGUAGUAAAUUAUUUAUAAAGAUUUUUAUGUAAUUUAAAUGAA